CACCAGUUUUGCGUGCAUCCUUCCAUCUGUCAAAAAUGUUUCACUCUUUCGAUUGCUUGUGUUGUUUGCAUAAAUAAAAACAAAAUGCUUGUAACUUUAUUUAAAUUUGUGUUUUUGUUUUAUUUAUAGUGGGUGCUUACUCUAUUUUUAUAUUGUUGUUAAUUUUGUUCAAUUUAUUUGUAAAAAUCUUUGAAUCAAGGAGUGCCGUUUCUUGUUUUGUUCGAAGUGGAUCACGUAGAUCUUCCAGAUGCUGCCUUCUAUGCCCAUCCUCUUCACUAGAGACAGCCAGGAUGCUUUCGGGAAUAAGUUAGAACCAAGUACCAGUUUUUUCAGUCAACAUUCCUUAGCAAAACCCCUAAUUAAUCCAGAGCCACCACCUCCAAUCCUUGCGAAAGAUGCUCCCAGCUUUGGUCAGAAAGAUACAAAAAGUAAACCAGCUCCAAAGAAAAAAGAGGACCCGCCGCAAAUGAGAGAAAAUGACUUAGAAACCGCACUUGUAAGAUCCUACUACACCAAAGUACAAUCAAGAUUUGCAUCGAACACCCAGGUGCCGACCAAUAAGUUUGUUCAGUUCCAAAACACCUUGAAGUCUUUCGAUCCAUCUAAGGAGACACCAGUCGAUUUAUACAGGAGAAUUGAAGACAUAUUUGGAGAACAACAUAAAGACAUAGUAGAGGAAUUCUUGUUGUUUUUGAAGCCGAGCCAGGCAGGGCAAGUAGGGAGGUUUAUGGACCAUUUAACCCUUGUUCAUAUGACUAGUUUCAUUGAACUAUUACAGAAAACAUUCUCCCGCAAACCCACAGUACUGCGCAAGAUCGUGCGCGCCAUAACCACGGCCAUCAACACAGGUCAGAGUGGAGACUUGAAGACCAGGGUGCUGCCUCACCUCCGGGCUCAUCCGAGACUGACUCGGAUGUUCACAGCCAUGUUUGAUGAUGAACGACCACCUGACAGCGCAUAUGAAAGUGGCGUUGACGUAUUAAACGAGAGCUUCCUAACUGGAGACAAGGGCUGCGAUGUAUGGGAGUUCGAGGGGGGAACCGACAAUAAGAAGAAACUUGACGUUAAGGAGGAGUUGGAUACUAUGUACCUCCACGGACGAGUGUUCCUUCAGCACGGGCGGCUGCUGCGGCCGGCGAGGAUCGCCUUCCCCUACAGCAAGGAGCCCUACCGGGCGCACGCGCGGCGCCUCGCCCCCGACCACUCCCACCUCUCCCCCCCGGACUCCGAGGAGGAACGCUCCUCCCCCAAACGCAGAGCGACCAAGGUCACUCCGAAAAAAACGAAAAAACUCAAAUCACCCACCAAAAACUCUAAAGACGUUAACGAUAACACUAAACUCAAAGAAAUUAACGUUCUAAGCAGCCCCAAAACUGCAAAAGGGAAGUUGCAAAAUAACAAGAAAAAAGAGAAGAAGGAUGAUAAAGCAGAAGUUAAAAGAGAUAGAAAAGAUAGCAAAAACCAUACGUGUAAAGAUGGAAUAAAAGAGAAAAAAGUUAGGAUCGACCCGAUUCCUAUAGUCAUUAAAACUGAAAUUAAAAACAACAGUUGGACUAGAGACGAGGAUAAGACCAUGCUGCAGGUGAUUAAGGGGGAGGCUAGUUCAGAAGAAAUGUUUUGCAGGAUCAGCAAGCUGCUGCCUCACCGCUCCGUGCCCGAAAUCAAAGAGAGGUUCUGUCAUGUUAUGAGUCUAUUACAGAAGAUGGCGGUAGGCGAAGUCACGUAGAUAACUGAAGUUAGUCAUAAGCGAAAUAUUUAUAAUUUUGUAUAAAUAAAAGUUAUUUUUGACUCUUA